AUGGCAGCCCGCCCGCUCUUCAGUAUCGCCGCCUUGGUCCUCCUGGCUGGCGGCAUCGUUCUCCAGUUUCUCGUUAUUUUAUCUGGGGGCGUUAGUGGCACCCCGGAGAACCAGAUUUAUUUCCUAGAGGCUUCGACGGACGGCGUGUCCCCUGGUACCAGAAAUCCAUCAAGAUGGACAUUUUGGUCUGUGUGUGGGAAAGACAGCAACGGCCAUAAUGCCGACUGCGGUGCCGUCGUUCCGGCCUUGCCUUUUGAUCCGCCUCGCAACUUUGGCACCAGUACUGGCGUUCCCGACCAGUUCUCUGGGACCCACCACUAUUACUAUCUUUCGCGAUUCAUGUUCGCUUUCUACUUGAUCGCACUCUUCUUCGCCGCCAUUGCUCUCUUCACUGGCCUGCUUGCUCUUUGCAGCAGACUCGGCGGCUACCUGUCUGGCUUCAACACCUUCGUCGCGCUCUUCUUCCAGACCAUCACCGCAGCUUUGAUGACCGCAUGGACUGUGCAGGCCCGCGCUGCCUUCAAGAGCAACAACCAAUCCGCCCGCCUAGGCGUGAAGGCGUAUGCGUUCACGUGGUCUGCCAUGGCUUGCUUCUUGCUUUCCACCGUCUUGUUCUGCAUGAGCGGCGCUCACCGCAAGGAUAGCGUCUACACCAAACGCAGCUUCUUUGGCCGCAAGGCUAGCACUCGCUCGCGCGGUAGCUUCAUUGAUGGGGAGAGCCAGCGCCGCGUAAAGGAUGACUACUCUUAA